AUGUCGUCUGCUAGAGUUAGCAAUUUGAGGCAGCAUUUGGACGGCUCAACAGGGCCUCUUCGGCCUGUCUUGACCUCACUAAAUGGUGAUCAGUCAUGGCUCUUAUCCUUUCCCUUGCCAUCUACGCCUGGGGAGCCGGCCCAACUAGGCAAGAAAUACUAUCACAUCGUGAUGGACCCAUGGCUCAAGGGCACUAUCAGUGUUCUCUCGACAUGGUUCCUUGGGCUGGAGCUGCUCAAUACCGCCGCAGCAACUGAUGGUGCCGGCGUCGACGAUAUCGCACGAGAAAUCGAGGAUGCUGCUGCAAAUACCAACGCCGCAAACAUCCCCAGAGACACGGUCGUGGUUGACGCGAUAUUCAUACACUUCCAUUACCUCGACCACAUGCACCAGGCCAGCCUCGUCACAUUUGAUCCAGACAUUCCCGUCUUGACCACGCCCGAGGCAGCCGCGACGAUGCGCAGUUGGGACCAUUUCAAGAACAUCACCACCAUGCACGACUUCGACCCCGCCAGCGAGCAAGAAGGGUGGCAGUCUCUGCACCCCGGUGGCGCCCUCCCGCAAUGGCUGAGUGUGUUUCGGCUCAAAGGUCACGCCGUGCUGAAUUUCGCCACGGGUAUAGUCUGGUCGCACGACAGCGAUGACGGGCACAGGCAGCACGAGCUGGUCUUGAACUCGCCGCACGGCAUCAGAGCCGACCUGCCGAACGUGCGUGCUCUUCUGGGCCCUGCAGAGGACACAUCACCAGCGACCAAGGCAGCGAGCCCGCCUCUCAGGGUCCUGGCUAUGCUGGCGGCUCUCAAGGACAGUUUCACGCUCGGGAUGGCGACCACACUUGGGCUGGAUGGAAGUCUGGCCCUCGAGGACCUUGCCAGGCCGAAAUAUUGGGUCCGCUCGCAUGAUAUGUUGCUCAAGUACAUGGGCUUUUUCAUGCGAUUGACGGGCACGCAUGACGUCGCGAGAUCGGUCGACGAGAAAGGGAGCAGCUCUGGCUUGAAGCAGGGAGAGAGCAGGCGGCCGAACCUGGUCGACGUUGCUAAUGGAGCGAACUUUGUCCUUACAUAG